CCUCGUUGUGCGAACUGCGUCUCUCUAACGUCAGUGUGCAAGUAUGGCCUUGGAAUUUUAUUUCUUCACCCUGCAUAGCCACCUCCACCCACCUGGAGCGCCAGGCCGAGGAACUUAAUCCCGUACCCUUUGUGAACUCGGCUUCCCGCGAACCCUGUUGCCAAUGCACUUGAGUCGCAUGUAGUCGCAGUUUAGCCUCAGUUCGCUUCACCUUCACCAAAGGGAAAUAAAGUAGACACUGCAGCCAAGAUUUUCACUUGUUUUAGUGGCAUACCACCCCAAAAGCGUCUCGGGUUGUCCGACUGGAACCCUGCUCGCCGAGGUGUGCAAACAGCCUCGGCAGGAGGUUUCCUUUCCUCGGUGGCAUAAUGGCAGAAGCUGCUUCUCCCCUGAAACGCUUUGUGCUGGCUAAGAAGGCAAUUACUGCAAUUUUUGACCAGUUACUGGAAUUUCUUACUCAAGGCUCACAUUUUAUUGAAGCAACGUACAGGAAUUCAGAACUUGAUCGAAUAGCUACUGAAGAUGACCUAAUAGAAAUACGGGGGUAUAAAAACAAGCUUUCCAUCAUUGGCGAAGUGCUGUCUCGGAGACACAUGAAAGUGGCCUUUUUUGGCAGGACAAGCAGUGGGAAGAGCUCUGUUAUCAAUGCAAUGUUGUGGGAUAAAGUCCUCCCCAGUGGGAUUGGCCAUACAACCAAUUGCUUACUGAGUGUUGAAGGAACCGAUGGAGAUAGAGCCUAUCUUAUGACAGAAGGAUCAGAUGAAAAAAAGAGUGUGAAGACAGUUAAUCAGCUGGCCCAUGCCCUGCAUAUGGAUAAAGACUUAAAAGCUGGCUCUCUCGUGCAUGUGUUUUGGCCAAAGGCAAAAUGUGCCCUCUUGAGAGAUGACCUGGUUUUAGUAGACAGUCCAGGUACAGAUGUCACUACAGAGCUGGAUAGCUGGAUUGAUAAGUUUUGCUUAGAUGCUGAUGUCUUUGUUUUGGUUGCCAACUCUGAAUCAACAUUAAUGAACACGGAAAAACAGUUUUUUCACAAGGUAAAUGAGCGACUUUCGAAGCCUAACAUUUUCAUUCUGAAUAAUCGUUGGGACGCCUCUGCAUCAGAGCCAGAAUAUAUGGAAGAUGUACGCAGACAGCACACAGAAAGAUGCCUACAUUUUUUGGUGGAAGAACUCAAAGUUGUGGAUCCUUCAGAAGCAAGGAAUCGUAUUUUCUUUGUUUCCGCAAAGGAAGUUCUUAGUGCUAGAAUGCACAAAGCACAGGGGAUGCCAGAAGGUGGUGGGGCACUUGCUGAAGGAUUUCAGGCAAGAUUACAGGAGUUUCAGAAUUUUGAACGAAUCUUUGAGGAGUGUAUCUCGCAGUCAGCAGUGAAAACAAAGUUUGAACAGCACACUAUCAGAGCUAAACAGAUAUUAGAUACUGUGCAAGACAUAAUGGAUUCAAUAAACGUGGCAGCAGCAGAGAAAAGGGUUUAUUCAAUGGAAGAAAGGGAAGACCACAUUGAUAGACUGGACUUUAUCCGAAAUCAGAUGAACCUGUUGACACUGGAUGUUAAGAAGAAAAUCAGGGAGGUUACAGAGGAGGUGGCAAACAAGGUUUCAUGUGCAAUGACAGAUGAAAUUUGUCGACUUUCUGUUUUGGUUGAUGAAUUUUGUUCUGAGUUUCAUCCUACUCCAAGUGUAUUGAAAGUAUAUAAAAGUGAGUUAAAUAAGCACAUAGAAGAUGGUAUGGGGAGAAAUUUGGCUGAUCGGUGCACCAGUGAAGUCAACGCUUCAAUGCUUCAAUCCCAGCAAGAAAUUAUUGAAAAUUUGAAACCGUUACUUCCUUCUGAUAUACAGAAUAAACUACAUACACUGGUUCCUUGCAAGAAAUUUGAUCUCAGCUAUGACCUAAAUUGCCACAUGUUAUGUUCAGACUUUCAAGAGGAUAUUGUAUUUCGUUUUUCCUUGGGCUGGUCUUCUCUUGUCCAUCGUUUCUUGGGUCCUACCAAUGCACAGAGGGUGCUUCUAGGAUUAUCUGAGCCUGUCUUUCAGCUCCCCAGAUCUUUAGCUUCUACUCCCACCAAUCCAGCAACACCAGAUAAUGCAUCACAGGAGGAAAUCAUGGUUACCUUAAUAACAGCAUUAGCUUCUCUGACAUCCAGAACGUCUAUGGGCAUCAUUGUUGUUGGAGGAGUGAUUUGGAAAGCUCUAGGCUGGAAACUCAUAUCUGUCUCAUUAAGUAUGUAUGGAGCUUUAUAUCUUUAUGAAAGGCUGGCCUGGACCACCCGAGCCAAGGAGAGAGCUUUUAAACAGCAGUUUGUGAACUAUGCAACUGAGAAACUACAGAUGAUUGUUAGCUUCACAAGUGCAAACUGCAGUCAUCAAGUACAACAGGAAAUGGCAACCACUUUUGCUCGCCUUUGCCAACAAGUUGAUAUUACACAAAAACAUCUGGAAGAAGAAAUUGCUAGAUUUUCCAAAGAGAUAGAUCAAUUGGAGGAAAUACAAAAUAAUUCAAAGCUUUUAAGAAAUAAAGCUGUUCGACUUAAAAAUGAGCUGGAGAAUUUUACUAAGCAGUUUCUACAUUCAAGCAAUGAAGAAGAAUCUUAACAAUAGAAAUCGCUUCGGUGAUCAUCAUAGGAGAAAAUGCAGCUUGGAUGAUUUGGGACAGUUAUUUUUAUGAAAUGGUUUUAAAUAUGAAUUGUAUUCACUAUACCUAAAUAGCAAAUUCUUGUGUAGAUUCUGGUAAUGAUCUAUCUCAGGGUGUUUGCAUUUCUGAAGAGUAUUAUUAUAUCUCUUAAUUUAAUUCUGGGUAAAGAACAGGCUAAGUUGUUUGAUGUGGUAAGGUGAUGAAUUAGUUAAGAACAGCAGAACCAACUAUGUGACCCCUGAGGGGUGGGGCCUUACUCUUGAUUAGGGCUCUCUUCGUUUUUGCUUCUGAAACUCAGCUUCCUGGCAUCCAGGAGUUAGAGAAUGCUCUUUCUUCUCAAAACUAAUUUUUGAUGUCACUUUAAUGGGGAUAGUCACUUUUUUGUUUUAUACCUGCAUUGUUUUAACCACCAAAAAGGAGUGUGUAAUGUUCUUGAGUGUAUUAUCUUGUGAGUUACAGUCAUUUUUGCCAUUCUGGCAGGUAUGUAAACCACUAAUAAAUAAGCUGUUGUUUACUCCUUAUAUUCCCAUUAAAACUAACGUAAAGCAAUAUAAAGGUUAGUUAUUCUAAAAGUAUCUGGGUUGAAAUAGCUUCCUGAUGUUUAUAGAGAAACAUUUUCAGCUUCAGCUAUGAGUACAGUAAGGGAAGUUAAGUUUUAGAAGUUUGAAGUGAUAAAAAUAGCCAGAUGGGAGGUCUGAAUUCUGAGUGGUUACAGUCAUGUAAAAAUUCUGUUCUUCAGAAGGUAUUUGUUGAGGAUACUGAUGAAUUGUCCUCCUGUGGUGGCUUUACUUUUAUUUAAUUGUAUGAAUUUGCCAGGGCAUGGUUAAAAAUUAUCACUGUAUUUUUUAGUUUAAUGAAAUGUUUAUGGAUUCAAGUAUUGUGUGUGUUUGUGUUAAAAACUAAUUGAAACUUACAUGGAAAUGUUAAAAAAAAUGACAUUCUAGGGCUUUGUUAUGCAAAGGGAGCCUUGACCACCAGAUCAUUUUCAGUCCCCCUAGGUGCUUGUGAGACAGCAAGGAGGACACAGUGCUGCUUUUCCAGAGGGAUAACGUUUCAGGCUCCUUUCUUCUUUCAAUACUCAGUGCUUCCUUUUCUGUGCCUUUAAGGCUCCUGGAUGCCGUUCUGUCUUUUCACAGCUGGUGCAACAACACUAUUUUUCAGGCUAUUUUAAAGAGAAUAUUAUGUAGGCCAUAAGCCUUUCAAAAAUAUAUUUUUAUGCCAAUCAGAUACUAGGAUGCCAAAUUUGCAAUAAAUAUUAAUUUAUAGUUUUUGUUGUUGCUUUAUAACCAAAAUUGGUACAGGCCACCAAUAAGUGUGGAUCAGGUAACACCUGCAGCAUGAAAACUUGAUGUCUAAAGUUACAAGCUCUGGUUCUUAAAUUUAUACAAAGUACUUGAAAUUUUGAAACAGCAUAGUGGUUUGGUAUCGCCUCAUUAGUAUACUACUAUGGCUCUCAAAGCUUGGAUCAACAGUAUCACUUGUCAACAUGUAAGAGGUACACAUUCUUGAUCCUACCCCAGACCACUAGAUCUGGGGGCCAGCACUCUUGUAAGAAGCCUUUCAGGUCAUCCUGAUGCAUGCUAAUAUUUGGGAAGUCCAGGAAUUGUGAUUCUGGUAUAUAAGUUUGUAGUAAGUUUUCCAUCACCAGUUUGAAUGCAUUCCACCUAAUCAAGUUUGAAAAUCUAUAUGAAUGUUGGAAAUGGACACUAAAAUAAUGAGACCCAACCUUUAUGCCUAGAGGUAAGUGCACCUAUGACCCAGCCCGUGAAUUCUACAGAAAUCAUGUAAGUUACACCUGAUGUAAUUCAGAGUUCUUGUUCACUAUGUGUUUGCAGAUUAAUUUAUAAACUUUGUAUAACCUCAAACUUUUUACAAAACUACAUUUUUAAAAUAAGUAUGCAAACUUGCAAGGUGAGAAUAAAACUUUUGUCUGAUAGUUGAUAAAUGUAGCAUUUAUACUGGCAUUUAGUGAGUCUUGCUCCUAAUUUUAUGGUAGGUAUAUAAACUGUCUUGGGCAGACUGGUUCAUCUUUUGAUUGGAUUUACUCAUUUAGCAUGCCUGGUCAUAUAUUGGAAGUUUCCUCAUUAAUCCUCCCUCAAGGCUGUGGUUAUGAAAAUAAAAACUUAAAUUCUA